AUGGAAAGAAAUAAACUUGAAGGUUUGGGUUGCGAUAAUUGUUUUGACAAUAAGGUUUAUUUGUCAGGGAAAUGUAGAUUAGAAUUAACAUGGUGGAAAAAUAAUGUUAAAAGUAAAAAUGGUAAAUUAAUAAGACCACCUGCUGUUGAAAAAUGUUUUAGCUCUGAUGCGAGUAAUCUUGGCUGGGGUUCAUUUGAAGUUAAUUCCGAAAGACACGCUGGUGGUAGAUGGAAAAUUCAAGAAGCUCAGAAUAAUAUUAAUUAUCUUGAACUUUUAUCAAUUUUUUAUGGUUUACAAUCUCUUUAUAGUAAUUGUUUGAAUAUACAUAUACAAGUUCAGUCUGAUAAUACAUCAGCUAUAAAAUAUAUAAAUGAUAUGGGAGGAAUGACUUCUGUUGAUAUGGACCAGUUGGCCAAAGAAAUUUGGGACUGGUCUAUUUGUAGAAACAUUUUUAUUUCGGCAAUUCAUAUUCCAGGAAAAUGUAAUGUUAUGGCAGAUUUUUAUUCUAGAAAUUUUUCCGACUCGACAGAGUGGAUGUUAAAAGAUGAUAUAUUUCAGCGUGUUUGCACGCAUUUCUUUAUGCCAGCUAUUGAUUUAUUUUCUUCAAGGUUAAACAAGAAAUUAUCAAGGUUUAUAUCAUGGUUCCCUGAACCGGGGGCUUUCCAUGUAGAUGCAUUUUCAUUGUCGUGGAAACCAUUUAAGCCAUAUAUUUUUCCACCAUUCAGUCUUAUUUCAAAAGUUUUGAACAAAAUUGUUCAGGAUAGUGUAGAAAAAGCUAUUUUAAUUGUUCCUUUUUGGAGAGCUCAGGCAUGGUUUCCUGUUUUAUUAGAAAGAAUUACUUCUCUUCCUGUUAGGCUGCCCAGACACAGGGACUUACUAACUUUGCCUCACAAUGGGGAGCAACAUCCUCUCAUCAAGAAGAUGAAGAUCUUCGCAGUUUGUGUAUCAGGAGAGCCCUCUGUCACACAGGAGCUUCAAAGACAGUUAUUAACACAGUUAUCAGCUCAUGGUCAGCAGGUACUGGUAAGCAAUAUGGAUUUGCAUGGGAAAAAUGGCAUACUUGGUGUACUUUCAGGAGUAAAAAUCCCAUUUGUACGUCUGAAAUUGAAGUGUUAA